CACUCCAACUGAGCUUCCUCAGGUCUUUCAAGCAGCUCGACUGUUGAGCAUCGCACGGGUUGAGAUCUGUGAGUGAGUGGGAGCGUGUGCUACAUCUGUUUGCAAUGGCUUCCGUCGUCGCUGCCUCCAGCGCAGUGGCACCUGCGGCUGCCUUCGUCGCAGCAUCGUCGUCGGGAGUGUCGACCUCGGAGGCGACGUCGGUGAAGGCGUUCUCCGGGCUGAAGAGCACCACCCUGUUCUCCGGCAACGCGCGGAAACUGAGCUCCGUACAGAACGGAAGCCGGGUCCAGUGCAUGCAGGUGUGGAACCCCAUCGGCAUGACCAAGUUCGAGACGUUCUCGUACCUGCCCCCAUUGUCGGACGACGCCAUCGCAAAGCAGGUGGAGUACAUGAUCCAGCAGAAGCUGAUCCCGUGCCUCGAGUUCGACGUGAACUCGAACGGUGUGUCCCGCGUCAACAACUCGUCCCCAGGGUACUACGACGGGCGGUACUGGACGAUGUGGAAACUGCCGAUGUUCGGAUGCCAGGACUCGGCGCAGGUGCUGCGUGAAAUCGAGGAGUGCAAGAAGACGUUUCCCGGGUGCUACGUGCGCGUGUUGGGCUUUGACAACGUGAAGCAGGUGCAGAUCUGCGGGUUUUUGGUGGCGAGGCCCAACUAGGCGCAGCUAGAGCCAACUCAAGAAUUUGUCGAAACUACUGGAGAUGUUAAUGAUAGUGAUAAGGUAGAUACUUGUUGGAAGGCAUAUGCUAGGAAGUUAUAUGUGCCCUCCCACCCACUGCGUUUUAUUUUUUGGGGGCAAUUCCUGAAUGAGAAUACGAGCAGAUUUGACGUUAUUGCAA